AUGCUGGUGAUGUCGGAGAAGACUAACCUAUUUGGGCAGAGCGGCCAGCACGGUGGGUACCGCGAGCUGUUUGAGAAGAAGUCAAUGGAUCCUGGAUUGGAGGUCUGCUCCCUCAGUCAGCACCCAUUCAAGCACGCCACCACUUCCCACGCUGAUGGCAGCCUUCCUACUUUUCUGGCGAGCAACUAUCAAUUCCUUUGGAGCAUGAGCCGUUCUCGGUGGCUUACAUCGAAAGAAAAGUGGACGGCCAUGGGUUGGCCUACAACUCAAAAGCUGGCAACGAUAUUGGGACGACCAGUGGUUGAGCCAAGGCUUACAAAGAGUGCUCAUCAGCAGAUUGGGAAUGCAAUGCAUGUGUUCAAUGCGGGUUUGAUCGUGAUGUCUGUCCUCGGGAGCAUUGAGCUGAUAGACAUUGGCGUGCCGAAGGAGAUCAAAGAACUGGGUGACAGACACCAAGACCUACGUGCAGCGUUGGAGAAGGUGGCUCGGCUUCCCUUCACCGCCCAAGCCACAGAAGAGACCACGGCCUGCUUUCAGGAGAUUUUCGAGGACUUUGGCAUUGCUGAUUUGUUCGGGGAUGAAGAUGAACUUACCACAGUUUCAGUCCUUUCAAAGCUUGGAGGAGCGAAUGAGCAGGCGAAGACAGAGCAAGAGGCCAAGUGCAAGAAGGUAUCAGAGUUGGCAAUCAGAUUGAGCGGGAUGAGGAAGACUGCCCAACAGAAGAGUCAAAAGGCCAAAGAGCGUGCAUUGAGCAAGUUGGACGAGGACGAUGAGAAGAAAAAGAAAGAUAAAAGGAACAAACGAAGGCGGCAUAUCUGGAGUUUGACAGUUGGAAGAGGCAAGAAGAAAAGAAUAGAGGAUGAUUUUGAGGGCAUGAAGUCCAAGAAAGAGCACAGGCCCAAACUCACGAUUCAGCAAAGGUUGGAUGUGGUCAACUGGGUCUUGGCGAAGAAAAAGGAAAUUGCUUCAGAUUCUCCAGAGUCAAAGGGCACCUCCGAGGAUGAGGAGGUGGAUGAGGAGGAGGAGGAAGUGGAGAAGGGAUCUUGUGAGCAGAAGGUGCAAAAACAGAGUAAAAGGAAAAGAGGAAGAAACCUGCAACGCAUGGCCGAGCUUCAGUUUCCCCACCUUGUCGGACCAUGGAUCAGUGUUUCAAGAUGGGUCCAGCGAUCGAAGGAUCAGCAGUGGGACAACAUACCGCAGCACAUUAGAGAACAACACAAGGAAGUCCCAGACGUUUGGAAAGAAGCGUUUGGCAACACCAAGAAGAAGGGAAAGCCUCGAUUUCAGUCAGUUCCGCCUGAAAUCUUGAAGUCUCUUGACGAGCACAUGGCUAUUUUGACCAGCGGCGUCUCGCAGGUAACUGAGCGGAACGAGGAGAUUAUGCUAUGGCAAAUAGUCGAUGGCUUAUCCCACACUGCCGAGAAGAUGUGCCGUGAGUGGAACGUCAAGAUGAAAGAAGAGAUACAGAAAUUUGAGCAGGAGAAGCAAAGGCUCACGCGUGAAGUGCUUGAAGGCCCGUUGGGUCUCAACCUUCCGGCUGGGAGCAUGGACGAGGCCGAGGUUCGCAAAUUCAACUCGGAUCACGCAGGAGAGGCCUUUGCAAUCCUGUCCGACUCCCGUUCCCACUUCAUGACCAGUGCUUGCUUCACUAAGAUGCUAUACAGUUUGUAUGGCCCAGCCUUCGAUGCGCAGAGAAAGCGGUAUGGCCUAGAUGGCAAAUCGCGGGGCAAGUUCCUUGCGGAUGCUUGGACAGGGUUCAGGAGCAAUGAGGGAGGGGAAGCUUUGGAGCGCAACGUAUGGUCACAACUGAAUGGCGUGGAGUUACCGUCGACUCGGCCAGGUGGCUGGUCAGCGCACGGACAGCCCGUGGACCAGCUCCACAACGCGUAUCGGCGGGAGCUCAUGGAUGUUGGCGCUGAAAACCUGAGGUAUCAUUCCGAUAUGACCCAGCGACCAACCUUUUCACAGCUCCAGUUGGGCAGGUCCGGAACCAUCAAACGGCAGGUGUCCUUUGACCGACAGCUUCUGGAAGACACAUUGACAGCGUGGAGGCGAAUUCCUUUGACCCACUUCAGUGCAGCCUGGAGCGUAUGCGGUUAUUGUUCCAAGGAGGAAGCCAUGGAUCUUCAAACAGCGGCAAAUAUGUUAGAUCCUUCCGGAAUGAAUGCUGCGUGGGGUGCACAGGACCUUGCACUUCCAGUGAGGGGUGUCCGACGACUUCAAUGGCAGGUCAUCAAAGAGGACAACACUCCUGCAGCGAUGCCAAAUACCCUUUCCAACGGAGAAGUUGCUUUCCAGUCCGGGGGCGAGUUUUUCAUUUCUGGACCAAAUUUUGCUGCUUCUGAAGUGCGAUGCGUGGCUUUGGAGCAGACCAGUGACCUUCCUGCUGCAGGCGCCGCUCCAUGGCGCCUGGACAACUAUGACUUUGAGGAUGAUGAGGAACAGGAGGAUACGGAGGAAGAGCAGGAUGACGACGGAGAAGAAUCUGCCCAAGCUGAUGAAGAGUUGCAGCCACCUUCGGGGUGGCAAGCCGAGAUGCUGCCUGAAAAUGGGCACGUUUCAUCUGAUGAUGAGCCAGAUGAAGUGUAUGAGCUUUGGGGUGGAAAGACUAAGUCCUCCAAAGACUUGACAUCUGAGCAAGUACCAGGAGUUGCUAAACCUGAUGAAGCUGAUGAAAGUCAGGUUGCAGAGGGUCAAGUCAUCCACAGACCUCGAGGAAAAAUGACCUCUGAAGAGUGGAUGCUUCUGGAGAAAGAAGGCUGGGUUCAGAAGCUACCACAAGUUCAAGACACCACAUUGGGACGUCACGAGAAGUCUUCGGCUUGGUCUGCGAAGUACCCCCAUCCGCAUGGUCAGCAGCAGUACGUCUCAAGAAGCUUUGGUUCCAUCAGAACGCCUUUGCAAGCUCUGCUGGAAUGUAUGCACUGGCUGGUCUUACUUGUGAAAUACUCCUGUGGUGUUUUCCUGUUUGGCAGGAAGGACAUGGUGAUGAACAAGUGCUUGGCCUCAGCAUGUCACGGUCUCGUAGUCCUGGAGGAGGAGGCAGAGCUCCAGUCAGUGGCAGGGCUAGCCGAAUUCCAGCUAAUAGCCGUCCUCCAGCAAAUGCCCGGCCGGCAGUUGGUGGCCAGAGCUACAAACUUGCAAGGAAAUACUCCCGUCGAGGCCAACACCGAGAAUACCCGUAGACGCGAGCCCUUCGCUUCCCAUGCCUGGUGCCGCCGCGUUCCGCACUGUCGGCUGCGGGUGGCUGCGGGCGGUCCGCUUCGCUGCGAGAAAGUGCUGCGGCGCUGGCCGCAGCUGCCACGACAGUUCUUGGCUGAGGCCGUUUCGCUUGGCCUCUACGCCUUGUCCUUGCGGCGCUUCCUUCGCGCCUGUGCACGACGGCCGCUGCGCAGCUGGCGCGCGAACCCCCGGAAGGUGCCAGAGGCCCGCUUGACGCGGCGGCGCGGUCGGCCGACGCCCUGGUGCUCGGACGGUUUCAUCGAGGCUGAAGAAGAGCCAGGGCAAUGGCUGGAACAGUACACGGGAGAAGUCUAUGUGCAGAGCUUGGCCUCGAUGCUGCCCGUGGAGGUAUUGAAGAGCUUCAUGCCUUCAUUGUCGGGUGCAUUCUUGGAUUUGUGCUCUGCUCCUGGCUCCAAGGCCUCCCAACUGGCGCUGAAGCUGCACCGUGAUGCAGUCUUGGUGGUGAAUGAGCCCAACGUGCAGAGGGCGCAAGUGCUGCGCUGCAAUCUGCUGAAGACAGGCGUUGCGGAGCGAUGCUUGAUCUUGCAAGAGGACGGCAGUCAGCUCCCGCGGGCGAGCACCGCGGGCUGCUUUGAAGCCAUCCUGCUGGAUGCGCCCUGCAGCGCGGAAGGGAACCUGCGGCGCAUUCCUGAGGUGCUGUCACGCCUCCAAGCGCCCAACUACCUGCAGCUGAAGGAGGCGAAUGCCCAGCUGCAGAAGAAGCUGCUGCUGAAGGCUUGGCAGCUGCUGCGCCCGGGUGGCUUCUUGGUCUAUUCCACCUGCACGCUCAAUGCGCAGGAGAAUGAGGAGGUCCUGACGGUUCUGCCAGAAGCUGAGCUCAUGGAUAUCCCAUCCAGGCUGGGGCUACACAGCCGAGAGCGAGAGCGCCCGCGUGUUCCGCGUGUGUUGCGACUGUGGCCCCACGAAUGGGAUUGCGAGGGCUUCUUUGUGGCCUGCUUGAGGAAAGGCACGCCGCCGCGUGCGCCGUCCCCCACCACGGCCACCGGCCGCGUUCGCCGUGGCGGGUGGCGGGUCCUGAAGCCGCAGGAGCUACAAGGCUUGAGAGAAGCAGCUGAAGCGAGUAUUGGAUACUGGCCUCCUUUGACGGAAGAGGAGAUGUCGUCCCCUCGCGUGGUUUGCAACGAGGAAGGCGACGUCUUCUUGUUGCCCGAGUUUCUUCCCCAAGCCGUUGAGGAGUGGCUGCCGAGCUGCACUCCGGGCCUGCGCCUCGGGGCGCUGCACGGGCGCCCCACGGCGCCCGCCGCGCUCGGCGUCUCCGACGAGCUGCGGCUGCACGCCGCGCGGGGCGCGAGCCGCAGCGCCGUGGCGCUGUGCGCGCGGCUGGGCGGCGGGCUGGGCGCGCGGAGCGCGGAGAUGGAUCUUUGGGUGAAGGAAGGUGAGUGGGAGAAAGCCGUAAAUCUGUUUGCCCGCUUGGCAAACGACGAGCUGGAGCCUGACUUGAUUGCUUACAACACCUUGAUGAAGGCCUAUGCAGCGGGCCAGGCAGGCUCGGCCGCGCGUGGGCUGCUGUUGGAGAUGGAAUGCUGCCGGGUGUCGCCGGAUGUGGUAAGCUACUGCGCGGCCAUGAAGGCCAGUGCCGCCCACGAGGUGCCUGGGCUGUUCGCGCAGCUGGGCGAGCGACAGCUCCAAGCGGACUUGAUCACCUUCUCGACGCUCAUCAGCGCCCUCGCACGGCGCGGCCGCGGCCGCGAGGCGGAGGAGACGCUGGCGGCGAUGAGGAGAUCCAUGCUGGUGCCCGAUGCGGUGUGCUACACACCUGUCCUGGACCUCUAUGCCCGGCGUGGAGAAGUGGCAAAGCUCCAAACGCUGCUGGCGCAAAUCGAGGGCAACAUCGUGAGCUACACGGUGUUGAUGAAGGCCCUCGUGAAGGCAGAGCGAUUGGAGGAAGCUCGAGAGACCCUCGCACAGAUGAGUGAGAAGCAGUUGGAGCCGAAUCUCGUCUCCUACACCUCUCUCCUCAGCGCCUUCGCCAAAAAAGGGCAAACGGAGGAAGCGACGACCUUGGUGGAAUCGAUGAGAGCCAAUGAGCUGCAGAUGGACGUGGUCAGCUAUGGUGCCUUGCUCUCCGCCUUCGCAGCGGCACGCGACGCGCAGGGCGCUCUGGACACGUUGCAGCAGUGUCGGCAGGAGAGGAUUGCACCGAACCUCAUUUGCUAUGCGACAGCCUUGCGUGCGGUGAAAGCUGCAGGUGACAGGAAGCAGCUGGAGAUGCUCUUGGCAGAGAUGACACAGAGCAGGCUCCAAGCCGGAAUUCCGGCGGAGGACGGAGGUCCGAUGGUGCGACGGUGA